AUGGAUCCCGACUCCUCCGUCGCGCAGCCCCUCACGGCCGCACAGCUCGCACCGCCAGGACCAGCGUUGACGACGUUCCCAACACCAGUGCCCAACUAUCAGGACCUGACGGACGAGUCGCCCUCGGAGGACGACGAGCAGGACUGGGAUGCACUCGUCUCUGCCGUCGAACGCAACUUCUCCGAACAGCAGAUCGACGACAUGCACGAAUUCCUCAAGGAGCGAGGACUCUUUGCUUUCCUCAAAGAGUACCUCGAGCGGAGGAGCGUCCCGCCGUCGACCCUCCUGCUCGCGUUCGGCGUCAUGAUUCGUCCAGACCUGCCGAUGAACGACCAGCUCCGGAUGCUCAAGAUCGCCUGUUCGCGAGUCCUGCGCAACCGCGACAAGCUGAUGGAGUACAACACACCGCAAGACGUAGUCGACCUGAUCCGGAAGAGCAAGCGCAUUCUCAUUCUCACAGGCGCAGGCGUCUCCACCUCCUGCGGCAUCCCCGAUUUCCGCUCUCCGACAGGCCUCUACGCCCGACUGCGCGAACAAAACUCCCUCUGGGACCUCGACGACCCGCAAGACAUGUUCGACCUCGCCUACUUCAAGCGCAGCCCGAACGUCUUCUACUCGUUCGCGAAGGAGAUCUAUCCCAGCAAUUUCGUGCCGAGCCCGUGUCAUCGGUUUGUGCGGUUGUUGGAGAUGGAGGGCAAGUUGUUGAGGAACUACACGCAAAACAUCGACGGCCUGUUCGAACAAGUCGGCGUCGAGCGCAUGCUGAAUUGCCACGGCUCCUUCGCGACCGCCUCCUGCCUGAUCUGCCGCCGCCGCUUCCCCGGAACCGCCAUCGAGCCGGACGUCUUCUCCUCCCGCGUCCCCCUCUGCCCCUUCUGCACGCCCGAACUCGAAGCCGCCGCCGCAACUCUUGCUCGAGAACGGGAAGAGAGGCCGAAGAAGAAGCGCAAGGUUGGGAGGGAGGAGUGGGAGGGGAGUGAGGGGAGUGAGGAGGAGGAUAGCGGAGAGGGGAGGAGCGAGUGGGAGGGGAAGGCGUUGAUCAAGCCGGAUAUCGUCUUCUUUGGGGAGGCACUCUCGGACGAUUUCGAUCACCGGCUGCUCGAGGACCGGGAAGAAGUUGACCUGCUGAUUGUGAUGGGGACUUCCCUGCGCGUCUCGCCUGUCGCCCAACUCCCCUCGCACCUCCCUCACUCGAUCCCUCAAAUCCUCAUCAACCGCGAUCCAGUCCCGCACCAAAACUUCGACGUCUGCCUCCUCGGUGACGGCGACACCAUCGUUCGCUGGUUGUGCGAGGAACUCGAUAAGUCGACGGUGCAGGACGAGGCGGGCGAGACGAAGAAGGAGGAGGGAGAGAAGCAGUGGGACCUCGACUCGCGCGUGCCCGUUCAUGUUCCCGAACACAAGCUCCCUCCUCCCUCUUCCGACACACCGCUCGACGACCCCGCACCAUCCCACCCUUCUCUCCCCGCCACGACCCCCUCAACCAGCUCAAUCCAUCCCGAACAAGUAGGCCACUCGCACGUCUGGCUCUUCCCCGGCGCGAACCGCGAGUCGAGGUGGGUACAGAGCGUGCGGGUUGCGUAUGGGUCGGAUCGGGAGAGCGAGGAUGGCGAGGAGGAAGGACCGGUCGAAUUGCCGGCUAGUUUGGCACCGGGUGUUAUCGAGGGAGAGGGGAGCGAUGAGUCGGAUGACAGCGACCUGGAGGAUGAGUCGAGCAGCGGAAAGGAGGAGGGCGGGCUUCCGAAUGGCUUGGGAGAGGCGUCGAAGGCGGAGGAGAACGGCGGCACGGCGACUGCCUUUCAGCCCCCGCUUUCUCCGACCGAUGUCAAGCCCGAGCAGCAUCAGUACACUCAGUAG